GCCCACUCUAGAUCAGCUCAUCAGGGGAGCACAGCUCUGGGUGUUUUCCCUUUCCAGCUCAAGCGUGCUUUUCCUUUUGCUUGUACCUCCCCUGCUUUCCCCUCGUGGAACGCAAUAACCCUGUCUGGCCGUGCUGUGCCGUUCGUUGCGCGGCCGCUCCCGCAGGCUCCCGGCGCGAUCGGGGCGGGGGGCAAAUAUCUCAGCCUGACGCUUCGCUUGUUGCCUCAUAGAUGGCUCUUCCCUAUCAUCGGCCACAUGGGCAUCUGCACGUCGACCGGAGUCAUCCGGGACUUCGCGGGGCCGUACUUCGUCUCGGAAGACAACAUGGCGUUUGGGAAGCCAGUGAAGUACUGGAAGCUGGAUCCUGGCAAAGUCUACUCCUCCAAUCCCAACAUGUGGGACACGGCUGUGCACGAUGCCUCGGAGGAGUACAAGCACCGAAUGCACAACCUUUGCUGUGAUAACUGCCACUCUCACGUGGCGCUGGCCUUGAACUUGAUGAGAUACGACAACAGCACCUCCUGGAACAUGGUCAAGCUCUGCUUCUUCUCACUCCUCUACGGGAAGUACGUAAGCAUAGGGGGAUUUGUGAAGACCUGGCUUCCCUUCGUCCUCUUCCUGGGGGUGAUCCUGACGGUCGUCCUGACGCUUCACCUGCGGUGAUGACAGCUGUGAGCUCCCCGUUCUGUGGGCACACGAAGGGAAGAAACUGUGACUGCUUGACCCAGCGAGGCGGAGGCACGGGACUCUGGGAGGCGUUUUCUGGGGAAGGUGGCAACUCCACUCCAUUGUAACAGCUCAUCUUUGUUUCCCGGGA